GUAACGUCAAAUGGCCUUACCAUUGUAUUGACGGACUGAAUAUUUUGCUCACUUUGAUUUUUUUUUUUAACCAAGCCACCCAGAAGUCUUAUUACAUUGCAGCUGCUCUGCCCAGACGGAAUAUUAUAUUAUGAUGCAGGGAGAAGGACUGGGGCAUGAAUCGAGACGGAGCCCCCGGGAAGACUCCGGAAGAAAUGUACAUUCAGCAGAAGGUGCGAGUCCUUCUCAUGCUGCGGAAAAUGGGUUCCAAUCUCACCCCAAGUGAAGAGGCAUUCCUGCGCUCAUAUGCAGGAGUGGUAAAUAGUCAGCUCAGUCAGCUGCCACAGCACUCUCUUGAUCAAGGUGCUGAGGAUGUGGUUAUGGCAUUCUCUAGAUCAGAAACAGAAGAUCGAAGGCAGUAACAGCACAGCAGACAUGUUCUAGCAUAUAGCACAAAUGAACAAGGCCUAGACAUUCAGAAGCUUCUACUGAACAGUAUCCCAAGACUUUAUCCUCGCGCUCUGGAUUCAUGAACUCUCCUGAAGUUUCCCAAAGACCCGUUUUUAAUUUGUUCAUUCAGUUACUGAAAGUUAACACUUUUUUUUCCAAGUCCUAUUCAAAAGAAGCAGUUCUGGACAAACCUGUUUAAAGAAGACUGACCCACGGCUCCUUUGCAAGUUUUUUUUAAACAAUUUUUGUGGUGGUUUUUGUUUUUUAUUUUUUGCUGCUGACAAAAGCCACCUUGUUUUUUUUCUUUUUUUAUUGCAUAUGUUACUUUUUUGAGUCCUCAUUUUUCUGAAUGAGAACAUGUGACUUUGAUUUUUUUUCUUCCACACAGACCACCUCUAUUAAAAAGAGCUGGAUUUAAUUGCAACUGGAAGAUAUGUGCUCUCCCAUUGACAUUUUUAAAAUUACUUUAGUUUUAUUUUAAUACUGAAAAUGUUUUUUGUUUGUUUUGUUUGUUGAAGCUUUGGCUGUUACACACUGUGUCAUUGACUUGAAAGAAGCCAGCUUUUUGUAAUAUUUAUUACAGUUUUUGGGAAAACAGUGUAAACUACUCCUUUGUAUUUUCUUUUGCUUAAAGAUUGUCUAAGCCGUGUGAGAUACUUAAGCCUUUUUUCGCAGGCAGCAGAGAAACGCUAUAUUCCAUUGACUUCAGCAGUUGAUUUAUGUGCAUGUGUUGGGGGUGGACUUGAAAGUGGGAUUUUUUGUCAGUGUAAACGUGGAUAUUCUCCCCCUUAGUCAUUAAACUUUGUGUAAAUUGCCA